UGCGCCGGAGGAGGAUUUCUGCCAGUGAUUUCAGACGAGGUACGAUACGCAAAGGGGAUUUACUACGCCAAUCUGAGCCGGGGAAGCUGUCGGCAAUAGGUAACAGGUUUCGCUCCGAGAGAACGGACCUGUGACAUCGGUGGUUUGGAGAGACACCUUUGCGUAAUAACAGCGGUCCCCUCUCUGCACAUCCGUCUACCUGACCUGAAGAAGGUUCAUGUCUUUCCUUUCUCCUGCCUAAACUUUCCAGAGCUGUGCCAUGUCUCUGCCACGCACACUUGGAGAGUUGCAGCUCUAUCGGGUGCUGCAGAGGGCCAACCUGCUGGCCUAUUAUGAAACCUUCAUCCAGCAGGGUGGUGACGAUGUGCAGCAGCUCUGCGAGGCAGCAGAGGAGGAGUUUCUGGAGAUCAUGGCACUAGUUGGCAUGGCCACCAAGCCGCUGCAUGUGCGUAGGCUCCAGAAGGCCCUCCGAGACUGGGCGGCCAACCCUGCCCUUUUCAGCCAGCCCGUCUCCAAUGUUCCUCUUGGGGGCAUCCCGCUGUUCAAAGUGGAUGGGACGGGCACUGGUGGGUCAGCAGGUGGGCCCAGGAAGUCUAUGAGCAAUGGGCAGCCAGGGUCACCGUGUGAAAGGGAAGACCGGGCAUGUCUGACUCCAAUGCACAGUGGGAGCCCAAGAAGUCCUUGCUCCCAGGCCUCCCCACAGCCACCAGAUGCACACUACAGGGAAAAACUGUCACCCAUGGACCCACACUGGCUCAGCCCAGAGCCUGACGGGAACUGCACUUUGACAUCUGCAUCUGGAAUAGAGGAGGAGCCGCCAAGCCCUCCUCUGCUGUCAACAUGUCCUCCAGGUCCCUCCACAUCUCCCAGCUCCUCUGCCUCUUUUGCCCCGGCGGCCUUGUCAGCCUGGCCCACAGGACAACUGGAUGGGGAGACGGCGAGGGCGGUGGUGGAGAGCGUGGACCGGCUCCUCAGGACCCUGCCCAGGUCAGAUCCUGCAGAGGUGAAGACUCUGCUUCGGAUGAACAAGAAGAUGGCAAAGACUGUGGGACACAUCUUCAAGAUGGGGUCCCAGGACGUGAACAAAGAAGAAGAGAUCCGGAAGUACAGUCUCAUUUAUGGACGCUUUGACUCCAAGAGGAGAGAGGGGAAGCAGCUCACACAUCACGAGUUGAUCAUCAAUGAAGCUGCAGCCCAGUUCUGUAUGCGCGACAAUGCCCUGUUGCUGAGACGGGUGGAGCUCUUUUCUUUGGCUCGGCAGGUGGCGAGAAAAUGUGCCUACACCUCCACACUAAAGCAUGCAAGGUCGAAUGCAGAUGAGAACAGUGUGCUGUCCCAGAAGAGGCCGAGACAUGAGGUAAUUGUGCCUGAGAGCGUGUCAUCACUUCUCGGAGUGGAGGGCUCAGAGAGUUUGACCCAGAGGGCAGAUGAUGACAGCUUAUCUGCAGAAAGCCUCGACAGUGUUUCACACGACAUCGGCUCACAGUGCAACCAGUCUCCAUCCCCCCGUCCCCACACCGACACGUCCAACCCCGCCAGCUGGAGUCGCCACCUCAUACAGCAAACGCUAAUGGACGAAGGGCUGCGAUUGGCUCGGAUGGUGUCACAUGAUCGGGCUGGCAAGAUCAGCCUAGGGUCAGAACGAACUCACUCUUCAGACCAUGACAGUAAAGUGGAGAGGCGGAGCUCGAUAACGGCAUGCAGGAGCAGCAGCCAUUGCAUCACCAAAGAUGACUCUAAUCACCGGGGGAAAUGAAAAUUCUCAGCUUUUGUAAGGGAACUUGUCCUCAGGCCCGCCACCCAGCGCCACUCAGAGUCUGCUCUGCAGGCUGCUACUGACACCUGUUGAGGAGAAUCAAAAUCAACACAGUAAUCGUCCGAAUUUACCAGCGACCUAUAUCAUAAACCUGCAGUGACUUCUAAACACUGAAAUCGUGCAUCAAAAGUGUUCUGGUUUGACUUUAUAUUCAGUAAAUAUGUAGGGGAGACACUUUUUUGGUUUAUUUUUUUAAAUACAUGGAUGACAUGUCCUGCAGAUUUUAGCUCAUGUUGGAAAAAAAAUGACCGAUUUUAUCAGGAAAAAAUGAUAUUUUGUUGUGAGACGUGCCAUGUGUUGACAGUGCCACCUGUUUCUGAUGAAAUGGGCUCUACACAGCAGGGGGCACUGCAACUUUGGAAACUGACUCUCUCAGUUUACUCCAGUAACAUACUGUAGUUAUGUAAAGGAAAUUUGGUUCAAUUACGUCUACAUUUUCAGCUAAAUACAGUAUGAGCAGCUCUUCACCCUCAGGAAACAAAUAGAUGUCCUGGUUUUUGAAGUCAGUGUAUUAUGUGGGAUUCAAAGAUGAAGAUUUAAAAAAAAAAAAAAAAAGGAGGGUGUGUGGCCCAUGUUAAUAUCUAGAUUACCCAGAGUGUACACACAAACAUCGCCGUCAGGUUCAGGGGCCUUUUGUCCUUUGCUGCAUCUUCUAAUCGAACAGGCGAGCCGAGGUUUAUGAGCUCUAAAGGUCUUCAUCAUCCACUCCCUCACGUCUUUCUGUAAUGAUAUUUUGCACAAGCGGCUGAUGUGGUGUUUGUAAGAGAUGAUACUUCAGGCUUUUCAUUAUCUUUAAUCAUGUGAUAAUGUACUCCUUUUCUAAACGGGGUGGCAUGAGAUAAGAACACUGAUGCUUUUUUUAUUUCCAGUCGACAGUUAAUUUUUUAGUUGCCUCUUUAUACAAAUCAGGUUUCAGGGUCCUGCUACAGGGCCUUUCAGCAGGGAGGAUGCUCGCUGUCAUCGGCUGCUCCUUCCUUUCAUCUAUACUUUAAUGUUGGUCCCAAUUGGUGGCAUUGUACAGCCUGUGAGGAGACUGCAUACAAAACUAGAUUGCGAGAUUUAGAGAACUAAGAAACAACAUUUACCACAGUAUUUUCAGAGGAUGUGGUGAUUAGUGUAGAUUUUUGAUGCAAUUUUUUUUAGGUGUAGCGCAAACUUACGAUAUGGCAAUGUGUUUUUUGGGAUGAUUUCCGUAGGUAUUAAUUAGGUAAACCUUAUGUCAGUUUCCUUCUUUUGUCCUCGGAGACUUAUAGUAAAUUAGGGUGACUAAUCUUUCUUUACUUUCUGAGCUUUAGAAAAAGAAAAACACACAUAGAGGUUUACAGACAGAAGUCUCAUGGUGCUUGACUCUUGAUACAGCAGCUCCUACAUGUUUCAUCAGCCUAUUUGACCCUGUUUAAAUUGUUUCAAUGUAUUCAGACUUCAUAUACUGACAAAGAUCGUGUUGAUAAUGACUAAUAAGUUUAGGGUUUUUGUAAACUUAACCACAGAGUAUGUCAGUGAGGUAGCUUGCUGUGCAUCAGUUACACCUGCCUGUCUCUUGAGCAUUGGUGACCUCCUCAGUUUAUUAUGUUGCAAAACAGAUUAUUUAUUUUGUUACAUCUCAAUAAAUGUUAUUUUAUUGCUUAAA